GGUUGCUCAAAGCCCCAUCCAGCCUGGCCUUGAACACUUUCAGGGAUGGGGCAUCUGCAGCUUCUCUGGGCAACCUGUUCCAGUGUCUCUCCACCCUCAUAGUGAAAAACUUAUUCCUAACAUCUAAUGUAAACCUCCUCUCUUUCAGUUUCAAACCAUCACCUCUAGUCCUGUUGUUCUAGUCCCUCAUAAAGAGUCUUUCCCCAUCUCUCCUGUAGGCCCCCUUCAGCUGCUGGAAAGCUGCUAUAAGAUCUCCCCUGGUGAUUUAAAAAAACAAAAAGGGGGAAAAAAACAAAAGGGAAAAGUCUUGUCUUGAACUUGAAGUGCCUUUCUGUUAGGUUUCCAAUAAAUACAGUGCACUUUAAAAUUUGUAAUGCUUUUCUUUUAAAAAAAUGCCGUGCAAUUUCCAGCCUACAAUUAAAUGAUAUAAAUUCUUUCUCCAAGGUAUGUAUGUGGUUUACCUAACUCAUUUCAUAGCUUUUAGCACUAGUUUUCCCUAGAAUAGCUCUAGGAGAAAGGAAAGCAUUAUUUCUUUUUCCAUACUGGGUGAAGAGCUGAGAGAGGUGCCAGCCUGGCUGAGACUCAAGCAGGAGCGUUCACCCAGGCAGGAGAUCCAGCUGCAUCUCUCAAACGCAGGCAGGUCCCCCUGGCCACCAGGCCAUCUUUCCUCCUCUCAGCCAUAUAAAAGCAUAUAAAGGUGAAGUAGCAUCUCCAGGAGGCCGCGGGGUUUUGGCCUGAGCACUCUCCAGACUUGGUGCAACCUGAGCUGGCUGGCUUGGAGGUGCAGAGCACAUUCCUUUCUGCUCACAUGAGCAGUGAGAAAACCACUUUCGUAACACACCAACCAGGGCAGCCAGAGCUUGGCUCCAAGUUUUCCUUUUUUCCUUUUUCUUUUUUUUUUUUAAAUGGAAAUUAAAACCCAAUAUCUAGGACUAUAUAGAGGGGUUAUGAGCAUGAAUAGUGAAUCAUAAGCUUGUUCUUUUAAUCACUGUUGCAUACUUAGAACCUAUUCACGGCUUCAAAAGCCUCAGAGGACCAAAUGAAAUGGUGAUACAUCGAUUUCAGGUUAUGCAAACUUAUUUACAGGAAGAUGGUUGAAGCAUCAUUUAAAAGGAAAAGAAAGGAAUAUAACUACAACUGUUUCUUUCAGGUAGAAAUUGAAAGCAAUCUUAAAGGUACCCAGGUGCAGAGCACAGUACAGUAGCCAUGAAUGACAUUGCACAGAAAACUGAGAUUCUGCUUUCUUCAUCUAAACCCGUCCAAAAAUCCUAUGUGCCCAAGCUUCACAAGGGUGAUGUAAAGGAUAAAUUUGAAGCUAUGCAGAAAGCAAGGGAAGAAAGAAAUCAAAGGAGAUCUAGAGAUGAAAAGCAAAGAAGAAAAGAACAAUAUGUUAGAGAGAGAGAAUGGAACAGGAGAAAGCAGGAGAUGAAAGAACUGCUUGGAUCUGAUGAAGACGAUGAUGCAAAAUCAUCUAAAAUAGAAAAAGGUUAUGUUCCAAAGCUAAUAGGCACCGUUAAAGGCAAGUUUGCAGAAAUGGAAAAGCAAAGGCAAGAAGAAGAAAGAAAAAGAACGGAAGAAGAAAGAAAGCGCAGAAUUGAACAAGAUAUGAUUGAGAAAAGAAAAAUUCAAAGAGAAUUAGCCAAAAAAGCACAGGAGAUUGAUGACUUUAACAAUACGGGAACUGAAUCAGCAGCAGAGGAAGGGGAUGAUUCACUGCUAGUUACAGUAGUGCCCGUAAAACCCACCAAAACACCUGGGAAGAUGAAAAUAAACUUUGAGAACACAGGAAAGGAGAGAGCAGACCAAAGAGAGAGACAGGAUGAAGAAAUGAAGCUAAAAUAUGAGGAACAAAAUCAAUUCCUUAAGGAAACCAAGUGCCUUUCAUUUGUCAUGGGUGGAAAUAAAGAAAACGAAACACAAGAGUCUCUGUCUCCAGGUAAGCUGAAAGUAACAUUUGAGGAACUUGAAAGACAAAGACAGGAAAAUCAAAGGCGACAGGCAGAGGAAGAAGCAAGACAGCGUUUAGAAGAGGAAAAACGUGCCUUUGAAGAAGCUAGACAGCAAAUGAUCAAUGAAGGUGGUGAUGAAGAAUCUGAAAAUUCUGUUAAAGAAUUCCGUCCUGGUAAACUCAGACUCAGUUUUGAGGAAAAAGAAAGACAGAGGAGAGAAGAGGAAAAGAGGAAAGCAGAAGAAGAUGCAAGACGACGCAUGGAAGAGGAGAAAAGAGCAUUUGCUGAAGCAAGGAAGAACAUGCAGGUGCUAGAUGAUGAAUCACCAGAAAUGUUUAAAACAUUUUCUCAAGAAUCUCUCGUACCUGGUAAACUGGAAAUUAAUUUUGAGGAGUUACUGAGACAAAAAAUGGAAGAAGAAAAGAGACGGACAGAAGAAGAGCGUAGGCAAAAGUUGGAAAUGGAAAAGCAAGAAUUUCAGCAGUUGAGACAAGAAAUGGGAGAGCUGGAAGAAGAGUCUGAAACCUUUGAGCUAAGCAAAGAAUAUGAAGAAUUAAUAAAGCUAAAAAGAAGUGGUUCUAUUCAGGCAAAGAACUUAAAAAGCAAGUUUGAAAAAAUAGGACAAUUGUCUCAAGAAGAAAUUCAGAAGAAGAUUGAAGAAGAGCGAGCAAAGCGAAGAGCAAUGGAUGAAGAAAUAAGAGAAAGGGAAGCUGAAAAAUUUCAAGAGGAUGAUGAUGUAGAUGUGAGACCAGCCAAGAAAUCUGAGGCUCCAUUUACUCAUAAAGUAAACAUGAAGGCCCGCUUCGAGCAAAUGGCAAGAGCCAGGGAAGAAGAGGAGCAGAGGAGAAUUGAAGAACAGAAAUUACUACGCAUGCAGUUUGAACAGAAAGAAAUUGAUGCAGCAUUACAGAAGAAAAGAGAAGAGGAAGAAGAAGAAGAGGGAAGCAUUAUUAAUGGUUCUACUUGUGAAGAUGAGGAGGAUCAAGCUCGAUCUGGAGCUCCCUGGUUCAAGAAGUCACUGAAAAACACCUCGGUUGUUGAUGGCGAGCCAGUGAGAUUUACAGUUAAAAUUACUGGAGAACCAAAACCUGAAGUGACAUGGUGGUUUGAGGGGGAAAUGUUGCAGGACUCUGAGGACUAUCAGUAUAUUGAAAGAGGAGAAACCUAUUGCCUUUACUUGCCAGAAACCUUCCCAGAAGAUGAAGGGGAAUAUAUGUGUAAAGCAGUCAACAACAGAGGCACAUCUGCUAGCACCUGCAUUCUCACCAUUGAAACUGAUGACUACUAAUACUCUACUUUAGCUGGAAUCUUUCUUCCCCUCAAAACUUUCUUACUGCAUCAUCUCUUUCUCUGAUGGGGCCAACUAAAGAGAGCAAGGACAUGCAUUGAUUUGUCACUCCUGCAUCAGAUAGUAACAACCUUCAGAUUGUGAGUGUCCAGGUUCCUUGCUCAAUACAAAUAUCAGUGUUGAAGGCUAAAAAGAAGGAAUCCAUGUAUGAAAGAUCAACUAAAGGAAAAAGCUGAGUUAUAACAGUGCGCCCACAUGUGAAGACCAACUGUUGUGUAAUAGUCUAAAGCUAAAUACACAAUCUGGAAGCUUGUGCAGUAGUGUAAAUCUAUUGGUAUAUUUUGCAUGAACACUGAGUAUUUAAGCUGUUUUACUUUUUAACCCAGAGGUUAAAGGAAAUACUUAUUGAUGAUUUUCAAAAACCCCAGUGUACUAUUUUUAAAGAAUAAAAGAUGACAUAACUGCUCA